AUAUAGGUGGCUGUUUUUGAUUUGGAGGGGUGGUAGCAUUAAAUUAUUCAAAUAUGUCAUGACUUUGUCAAUCAGCUUGUUAUUAAAUGUAUCUUAAUGAUUGUUUAGUGUUUAUGUAUCAAUAUGGACUUUGUAAAAAUCGACAAACUUGGAAUCUGGUCCUAGCUGAUUGCACUCAGGCACAUCUAAAGGCUGCAUAGAUCAUAGAGAUCUUGAAUUAAUCUGAAUGAUUCAGGUGUUCUAUUUACUUCUGUGGUAUAUACUGCAGAUGACCUCUACCCUCGUCUCCGUCCCUCCAGACUCCCUGCAGCUCUCUGUCUCUGAAGAGGAGGUUCCCCCUGAGCAGCAGCACUGUGAGCAGGAAUGGAGCCCCAAUCUGGGGCAGAAGGACCCAGAGACCAAACAGAUUAAAGAGGAACAGGAGGAAGUCAGGACCAGUCAGGAGGAAGAGCAGAUUCAAGAGCUGGGGCCUGAUAUCACUGAUUUCAAUUUCACUCCUUCCUGUGUGAAAAGAGAAUGUGAUCAGGAAGACCCACUUCAGUGCUUGACUCAUCCCCAAACCCAGACUGUGGAGAACAGAGAGAGUGACUCUAAACCAGUGGAUCUCAAACAUUUUGCCACUGUGACCCACCUAUAGGGUUUCAAAAUUCCAGAUAAUCAGAACAAUGCCUAAAGCCACAGCUCAGCCAUAAGCAGCGACCCAGUAGGACUUGACAGCAACCCACCAUUGGAUUCCAGACCACCAUUGGAUCCCAGUCCACCAUUGGAUCCCAGUCCACCAUUGGAUCCCAGUCCACCAUUGAAUCCCAGUCCACCAUUGAAUCCCAGUCCACCAUUGGAUCCCAGCCCACCAUUGGAUCCAGCCCACAAUUAGAUCAGAACCCACCAAUGGGGGAACCCUACACCCGCCCCUUUUAUGGCAAGACCUUCAAACAUCUGUCCAUGUACAUGAGAAUUCACAGAAGAGAGAAACCAUUUAGCUGUGCUGACAGUGGGAAUAGCUUCAAUCCCAAGCAACACCUAACCAGACAUUAUACACAUUCACUGAAGAGAGAAACCAUUUAGCUGUGGUGACUGGGGGAAAAGCUUCAAUCCCAAGAAGCACCUAAAUGAACAUGACAGACUCAUACAGGAGUGAAAUAACAUGGCUGCUCAGUCUGUGAUAAAAUAAUGACUCAGAAGACUUAUCUGCUGAGGAAUAUGAAUAAUAUCCACAAAGAGAGAAAAACUUACAAUAGAAAUAAGGUCUUCCGUCACUCUUAGGAAAGGAGAGUAUCUCCAGACCAUUCAUACUGUGUGUCUCAGAUAAAUACAUAUUGUGCUGCCAUCCUGUUAGAAGGUAACAGAUUAUUUUAUUACAAUGGUUAAAUUGGAUUUUCAUUGUGUUCAAUGGUGUUAUUUGCCCCCUAGUGGAUGUUUCUGGUACUUAGAAAGACGACGCAAACAGGAAGUAGAGAAUUUGUUCUACACGCAUAGAAGCAGCUACAAACAACGCUACGGUGCAGGUCUUUCAAUGUAGUUAUUUCUUGUCACGCUUCAGCCUUGGAAAAUAUUUGUUUUUUCACAACAUAAACGUUUUCAGUAUAUUCAUUCAAGAAAAGUCACGCCUUGGGAGUUUUACUGAAGACUUGGUUGUUAGCUAUCUGUCUAGUUUUGCAUGAGAACGCAACUCAAGGGCAGAAUACAUAUACUGUACCAUGGACUUAAUGUUGUAAAACAGUGUAUGUAAAUAAAGUUUGAUUUGAUUUGAAUGACGAGGAAAUGAUCAAACAGUACAGAGGAUUGUAGGAAAUUCACAGUUCUGCUGUUCAAAGUCUGUUUCAUUUUUCCUUUCUUUAGAAACAGCAAUAUCUGGUCAUUUGAUUUAGGUCAGGCUGAUGUAAUUAAUACAUGAAAUGAAAAACAAUUCCAGAAAAGGUAUCCUUGCAUUUAUCCAAGAGUAUUUCUCAUAAAUUCUGACCUAAUGCUGCUCAUUCAUCAUGUUGAUUUAAUCUUGUAUGGAGUAAUGAUAAACUGUUGCCUCCUGGGGAAGAAUAGAUUCUCCCAGAUCAUCCUAUACUUAUGAUAACCACUAUUUGUCUACAUGUAGUCGUCGUUCUCCUUUACUACUGGUCUGUAGGCUGCCUUGCACAGUAAACUCCCAUCCAGCUGGCGGCUCUGUUGUGUUUCUGGGUUCGUCACCAACUAGAACAAAGAACGUCCCAAGAUUCCUUGACUAGAACACGGAAGUAGGAUUGGUAAACGAGUUUUUUAUUGUUCCUUGUGUGGAGUAAAGAAAGACAUACUUACUAAACUAAAUAGUCUACCCAUCUCUAAUUUUACAGAAAAUGUCUAAACUACAGACGUUGUGUGUGUUUUUAAAUGAGCGUUUAUCGGCGGCGGCUGUGGAUAUUUUUGGUGCAGUUGAGAAAACGGUAGGAGAAUACCAGGAGGAGAAUGAUCGGCUACGGAGACUGCUGCGGAGGACACCAGAGAUACAACUAUGUCGAAUAGAACCUGUGCAGCUCUCUGUCUCUGAAGAGGAGGUUCCCCCUGAGCAGCAGCACUGUGAGCAGGAGUGGAGCCCCAGUCUGGGGCAGAAGGACCCAGAAACCAAACAGAUUAAAGAGGAACAGGAGGAAGUCAGGACCAGUCAGGAGGAAGAGCAGCUUCAAGGGGUGGAGCCUGAUAUCAUAGAGUUCAUAUUUACUCCUCCUUGUGUGAAAAGUGAAUGUGAUCAGGAGGACCCACGUCAAGAUCCCAUACUUGCUGAACACCCAACUCUCAGUCCACUGAAAAUGUCUAAACUACAGUCGUUUCAAGAGUUUUUAAAUGAGCGUUUAACGGCGUUUGCUGCUGUGGAGAUUUCCGGGGCAUUUGCGAAAGCAGUAGCAGAGUACCAGGAAGAGAAUGAUCGGCUACGGAGACUGCUGCGGAUCACACCGGAGAUAAAACUAUGUAGAAUAGGUUCGUAUGGACAUCUACUAGAAUCCCUGCAGCCCUCUGUCUCUGAAGAGGAGGUUCCCCCUGAGCAGCAGCACUGUGAGCAGGAGUGGAGCCCCAGUCUGGGGCAGAAGGACCCAGAGACCAAACAGAUUAAAGAGGAACAGGAGGAAGUCAGGACCAGUCAGGAGGAAGAGCAGCUUCAAGGGGUGGAGCCUGAUAUCAUAGAGUUCAUAUUCUCUCCUUCCUGUGUGAAAAGUGAAUGUGAUCAGGAGGACCAAACCCAGACUGUGGAGAACAGAGGGAGAGACUCUAAACCAGUGGAUCUCAAACCUUUUGUCACUGUGACCCACAUUAAGGGUCUCAACAUUCCCUGUGACCCUCCAGGUAAUCAAAACAAUGCCUCCAGACACAGCUCAGCUGUAAGCAGCUACACAGUAGGACUUGACAACAGUCCACUGUUGGAUACCAGCCCAACAUUGGAUCGAAACCCACCAAUGGGGGAACAUUGUUCCAAACCCAACACCAUGUCUAGAAGAACUCACCAAUGCCGUGACUGUGGAGAAACAUUUGCUCUGAAAGCUGACCUGCAGAGACACGUGACUCUCACCAAGAAGAGACCCAGUGAAUGCAGCUUUUGCAAAAAAAGUUUCAACUCCACCUGUAAACUGAAGGCCCAUGUCCGACUCUGUCACAUUGGGAAUCCCUGUGGCAUGACCUUCAAACACAAUCUGCCCAAUCACAUGAGGAUUCACACAGGAGAGAAAUCAUUUAGCUGCGGUGACUGUGGAAAAAGCUUCAAUCGGAAGAUGAGCCUAACUGAACAUAAACUGACUCACACAGGAGAGAAACCAUUUAGUUGUGGUGACUGUGGGAAAAGCUUCAAUCGGAAAGGUCACCUAACCAUACACAAACUGACUCACACAGGAGAGAAACCAUUUAGCUGUGUUGACUGCGGGAAAAGCUUCAAUCGGAAAGGUCACCUAACCAUACACAAACUGACUCACACAGGAGAGAAACCAUUUAGCUGUGGUGACUGUGGGAAAAGCUUCAAUCGGAAGGGGCACCUAACCAUGCACAAUCUGACUCACACAGGAGAGAAACCUUUUAGCUGUGUUGACUGUGGGAAAAGCUUCAAUCGGAAGGAGCACCUAACGAUGCACAAACUGACUCACACAGGCGAGAAACCUUUUAGCUGUGGUGACUGCGGGAAAAGCUUCAAUCAGAAAGGGGACCUAAGGAGGCACAAACUGAUUCACACAGGAGAGAAACACCAUGGCUGCUCCGUCUGUGGUAAAGGAUUCACUCAGAAGACGAAUCUGCUGAGGCAUGUGGAUAAAGUCCACAAAGGAAAGCAACAGGACAGAAACUGAAAGGGAAGGGGGGAUACCUAGGUAGUGUUCCAACUGAAUGCAUUCCACUGAAAUGUGUCUCCCGCAUUUAACCCAACCCCUGUGAAUCAGAGAGGUGCUGGGGGGGCUGCCAUAAUCAACGUUGUCGGCACCCCCGGGGAUCAGUGGGUUAACUGCCUUGUUCAGGGGCAGAACGACAGAUUUUUACCUUGUCAGCUCGGAGAUUCUAUCCAGCAACCUUUCGGUUACUGGAAAGAACAUUAGGACAAAGAGAUUGUCUGGGGGGGAAAAUAAUGAAUGGCAAUAUCAAUAUCAAAUACUUAGGAUCCUUAAUGAGUGACAAGGAAUAUAUAAAGAUAGCUUUAUUCCAUUACUCAACUAUAUGAAAGCAGAUCUAAUUCAAUGGAAUAAUCUUCCUGUAAAUCUUAACAGAUAAAAUAAACCUCUUCAGAAUAGCA